GAGGAAGACCGUAUCAAUAGAGGUUCUGCUGCCAAGCGCAUGGUGACCAGCAUCAUCUCUGCAGCUCUUUUUCUUUUUCUCCUUAAACGUUUGAGCUAGUUUCAGACAAAAUGGGACAAGGGGAGAGUGCGGAGCAUGAGGAGGUAGACCUUGUGCUUAUUCAGGACCUGAGUCUUAAGUUUAUGAAGGAAUGCCCGAGUGGAGCCUUACACUUACACGAGUUCAAACGGAUCUUUGGAGUGCAGAGUACGUCUGAAGAGGAGACCAUCUACAUUGAGACCAUAUUCCACUCCUUUGACACAAACAGGGACAACAAAUUAGACUUCAUGGAAUACAUAGCAGCAUUGCAUCUUGUACUCCGGGGACGGCUGGAAGACAGACUGAAGUGGUCAUUUAAAAUGUAUGAUACAGAUGGAAAUGGCCGCCUUGACCGUCAAGAAAUCAAACACAUCAUUAAGAUAAUUUGCAAAAUGAAGACCAAGAACACAGAUACUCACAUGACUCCUAACGAAAUGUGUGACAGAAUAUUUGAACUUGUCGAUGAGAACCACGAUGGUCAAAUAUCACUGGCAGAGUUCAUGGAAGGUGCCCAGAAGGACGAGUGGUUGAUGGAAAUGUUGAAACUGGAUUUUAACGCGAGUGGAUGGGUCAAUCAGAACUGGGUGAAAAAAACACCAUGACACAAGGAUAUAUCUAACUUUUGGAAUUUGAAUUGAGUCAUCUGUAUUGAUGGAAUCAAUCUAUCAGGAGACGGAAAUGUCUUUUUCCAGCUUUCCCGCACAAGGGUGUGUUAUUGUCAGCGCUGUUACAAAUAUGGAGGACUUCACAUAAGAGUGGCAGGAAAUUGUACAGAUUUGUGAGACCUGACUCUUUUUCUGCGAUGAUGGAUGUGACACUGACUGGAAAACCUGACACGUGACACCUGCCUUCAACACUUUGCACAGAUUGUGUAACUUAUGUCCCAAUGUCCAUCAAGAUGGGACUUGUGUGUUAUGGCUGUGCACAUUGGUACUCAACAUGCUGUGUGGCAGUACUUAAUCUUAUGAACUGGACCAUUCAGACUGUUGCUCUUUUGGCGCUUUUGCUUGACCAUUCCUGUUUGCAUCAAAGGAUGGAGAAAGAUCUGCUUUGCUUUGUGCUAAUGUUUGAUAUAGCAUUGACUGACAUACCAAUUAAUCACUAUGCAUUUAUAAGGAACUGUUGCACUUCAGGCUAUAUUUCAUGUUAUUGGACUAAUUUACUUAUACUGUGCAAUUUUGAAUUUUAUUGAAGUUUAUUUUCUGCAUAGAAAGUAUAUAAUAUAUUAUGUAUCAAGCACUGUAAUCAGUAAUAAUCAUAUUGUAACAUGCAAUUAGAAUCAACCCUUUAUUAAUACAAAAUUAACAAAUGUAAUAAUGCUCUGACCACUACAAUCUUGUCAGAACCAAACUUUUGUCAAAACGAUUAGUUGUCGCUUGCCAAGUCAAGAAAACUUCUAAACUUAAUCUUUCAUCGGAAAUAAAUAAAACCAACUUUGACCGAAAAAA